GCGUGAUACCGACUUUCAUCCGGGCGGAGAGUGCAAUACUUAUAGUCUCCCUGUCCUGAAACGCAGAGCAUUCAACAUCUCGCAAAACUAUUCAAAACCAGACACACACACAAACAAACGCUGAAUCUCUCGUCGUUCUUUUUAUUUGCGGUUUCUUCUUCUUCUCACGUUCUACCUAACAUUUUCUAAAACAUGUCUGGGGAAGAGGAAGAAAACGCCGCAGAGCUCAAAAUUGGAGACGAGUUUUUGAAGGCAAAGUGCUUAAUGAACUGUGAAGUUUCAUUGAUUCUUGAGCACAAGUAUGAGCAGCUUCAACAGACAUCCGAUGAUCCCAUGAAUCAAGUUUCUCAGGUAUUUGAAAAGUCACUGCAGUAUGUGAAGCGUUUCAGCCGCUAUAAAAAUCCUGAUGCUGUUAGACAAGUUCGAGAAAUUCUCGCAAGAUAUCAAUUGGCUGAGUUUGAGUUGUGUGUCCUUGGAAACCUUUGCCCGGAAACUGUGGAGGAAGCUAUUGCCAUGGUUCCAUCUAUCAAGUCAAGAGGACGGGCUCAGGAUGAUGAAGCCAUCGAGAAAAUGUUAAAUGACCUGUCAUUGAUUAAGAAAUUUGAAUAAAUACGCAGAGUGUGUGAUAUAGUGUUGUUGGUACCGUAUAACAUAUCACUUGACUGCAAGCAUACAUUCAUGUGGUUUGUAUUACAGAAAACCCUUGGUAAUUAUAUUUAGUAGUUUAUUUUGUGACAGUUAUCAAUAAGGAUUUUGACACA